UGGACCAAAACGACUGUUUCCAUUUCGUUACCCUAUAAAUUCUUACAUUCACACCGCAAUCCCCAAACUCUAAAAACCCUAAAAACCGUCGACUCCCUCACUCUUACUCGUGGGUUGGGGUUUCGUUGCUGUUUACGGCUUCAUCUCUAGAAAUGGCGGAUGUGGUAGCCGAUGUUGCUGCUCCAGGGGUACCGAAGAAGAGAACAUUCAAGAAGUUCAGUUUCAGAGGUGUCGACCUGGACGCUCUCUUGGAUAUGUCCACUGAUGAGCUUGUCAAACUCUUUCCUGCUCGUGCUCGCCGAAGGUUUCAGAGAGGUUUGAAGAGGAAGCCAAUGGCUCUCAUCAAGAAAUUGCGGAAGGCUAAACGGGAAGCUCCACCUGGUGAGAAACCUGAGCCUGUUAGGACACACCUCCGCAACAUGAUUAUAGUUCCUGAAAUGAUUGGUAGUAUUAUUGGUGUUUACAACGGAAAGACCUUCAAUCAAGUGGAAAUCAAGCCUGAGAUGAUUAGCCAUUAUUUGGCUGAAUUCUCAAUCUCCUACAAGCCUGUCAAGCACGGAAGGCCUGGUAUUGGUGCCACCCAUUCAUCCAGGUUUAUUCCUCUCAAGUGAAGAUUCUGCAUGUGCCUUCAUUCUUAGCCUUAUUGGAUUUUUUUUUUUUAAAUUUUAUAUGAGUUUGUUUAUUGCCAGCUGCUUUUCUGACAAUGAGUACUCAAAUUUAAGCUUUGCAUUUCUUUCCUAUUUCUACUUGUGAACUAGUAGUUAAAAAAAAUUAAGUUUUUUUUUUUUUUU